GUGGAAUGCAGUAGAGAGGCUAUGAGAUUGGAGUCCCAAAUACAAGAAGAUCAAAUCAUUCAAAUGGGCGUUAGGAGAAAUCCUGGUGGAGGAGGUGGAGUUUACCAACAGAUCCACUCUGUUUUAAAGUGGAGGCCGAGAGAGUGAAUAUGAUUUUUUAACAUUUUGGUGACACAGAUGAGAUGAGAUAGAGAUGUGGUGUUUUCCAGAAACCCUAGAAUAAAUCAAUACCGACAAUCUUGUCAGCUUGCGCCUUGCCACCGCUUCAUCAUCAUCGUUUGACUCUCUAAUUUGGUAUCUCUUACUAGAGGAUAACCCUCAAAUCUCCGGAUAAUCCUCAAAUCUCCUCCAGUCACCGCGAAAACUCUCAAAUCAAGUCAGGGAAAACUUAGCGGAGCGUCUAGAAUAUGGCUGCACAGAAGAGGGUGCUCUUGCUUUGCGGAGAUUAUGUUGAAGAUUACGAGGUUAUGGUUCCGUUCCAAGCACUGCUGGCGUACGGGUUGGCCGUUGACGCCGUUUGCCCCGGGAAGAAAGCCGGCGACAUUUGUCGCACCUCGAUCCAUGAUUCUCUUGGUUUCCAGACAUAUUCUGAAUCAAGGGGGCACAAUUUCUCUCUUAAUGCAACUUUUGACGAAAUAGACAUAUCCAAAUAUGAUGGACUGAUCAUACCUGGAGGACGCGCCCCUGAAUAUCUUGCAGUGGAUGAAACUGUUGUAGCCCUGGUUGCAAAAUUUGCAGACUCCAGAAAGCCAAUUGCAUCCAUCUGCCAUGGCCAAUUGAUCCUUGCUGCAGCUGGCGUAGUUAAAGGCCGCAAGUGCACUGCUUAUCCAGCUGUUAAAACUGCACUGAUUCACGCCGGUGCACAUUGGGUUGAACCAGAAACCAUGGCCUUCUGUACUACCGAUGGAAACCUCAUAACUGGAGCUACAUAUGAAGGGCAUCCUGAGUUUAUUGGGCUUUUUAUUAAGGCACUCGGAGCCAAGAUUUCUGGUUCUGGAAAGCGAAUUUUGUUUCUUUGUGGAGAUUACAUGGAAGACUAUGAAGUGAUGGUUCCUUUCCAAUCUCUUCAAGCUCUUGAAUGUCAUGUAGAUGCUGUUUGCCCCAACAAGAAACAUGGCGAUACAUGUCCUACUGCUGUACACGACUUCGAAGGUGAUCAAACUUACAGUGAGAAGCCAGGCCACAAUUUUACUUUAACAGCUAAUUUUGAUGGCCUGGAUGCCUCUAGCUAUGAUGGUCUGGUGAUUCCUGGGGGCCGUGCACCUGAGUACUUGGCCUUGGAUGAUAAGGUUCUGCAAUUGGUGAAAACAUUUAUGGAGUCAGGAAAACCCGUGGCAUCGAUCUGCCAUGGACAACAAAUCUUAUCUGCUGCUGGUGUUCUGACGGGCAAAAAAUGUACUGCGUAUCCGGCAGUGAAACUGAAUGUUGUUCUCGGUGGGGCGACAUGGUUGGAGCCUGAUCCGAUUUCGAGGUGUUUUACCGAUGGAAAUCUUGUCACUGGAGCUGCAUGGCCAGGUCAUCCCGAAUUUGUAGGUCAGUUUAUGGCUCUUCUUGGCUUGAGUGUGUCCUUCUAACUCUAGUAACUUUCUUGGUUUUGGGCUCGAUGUCGAGUUGUGUUGUGGUGCAACUAGCAAGAUGAUAUAUGUGUGCUCCUUUACAAACAUGAUUGAUGAAAUAAUAAGCGUUGCUUGCUACAACAAAAUUGAAAUUAA